AUGUCUUCACUAGCUCGCUUUCUCCAGCCUCUACCGGCUGCGAGGCGAGCCUACUCCUCAUUCUUCUCAUCGAAGCCUGGCGGUGGGCGAUAUUUUAACUCUGCGAGACCGACGAAAACUGUCGUAGCAGGUAGCGUUGCAAAGAAGAGCAACAGAGGGACUCGAGGUGCUGUUGAAUCCGGAUCUUCGGCGGGCGAAGAUACUUCCACUACCCGGACCGUGUCGUCGUCCUCUGGUGACGGAAGCUCACCAACAUCUCCCACAGGGCCACGCGAGGAACCGUCUCGACCAUUUUCUCUUUACGAAUCCAGCCAUCCGCAUCCGAUGAUAGAGUCGCGAGAUUUCAAGCUUCAUCAGUUUUUCUCUCUUCAUCGACCACUUCUUUUACUUUCGGACCCUGCUUCGAUUUUGCAGACUGCACCGAGGAUGGGACCGCUCCACCCAAACGAAGGAGUGGCUGCUGCGAAUGGGUCUGAAGGACGAUCACCCGGGGCAGAGUCUAUGGAGGCCGUGGCUGAUGCAGACGCUGAUGCCGCGCGUCAACUGACUCGAGCGUUGACGUUGUCGCAGGCAGGCAGUGCGGUUGCAUGGGAGAAUACGCUUAAGCGUCUAGGCCUGGAUGUAAAUGCACAACCGGAUCGCAUCGGCUCGCAACAGGAGAUAAGGAAGGUCUGGAGAGACAUUGUUAUGGACAGCGUGAAGAGGAAGAGACGAAAGAAGAUGAAGAAACAUAAGUGA